CGGGGCGCCUGAGGCCGGGAUGGACUCCGGGGCCCACAGUCCCAUGCCGCGGCCGUCGGGUUCGAUGUGUGGACUCGGGCUCGCACUCCCUGCUAAUUGUUGGUGCCAGUGGACGGGCGCUUGCUCUGCAGGUGGCCCUGGAGGGUGUCGGGCCCCGGGGAGGCAGCCAUGGCUUCAAGGGCUACUUUCUCCUCUGUGGAGCUCCAUCGCCCCCAGCACUCUGGACCGUAGUCGCGGCCUAGGAAAGGAGGCAGGAGUUCUGGCUCCGCGGCCGGCCUCCUGUCUUGCCUCCGGUGCAAGGUUGCCCGUCCCCUUCCCCCUCUAGGGUCCUCGUCUACAAGGAGAGAGAUGUUGGACUGCAAGUCUAGCAGCCCUCUGCCUCCCUAACCAUCAGCGUCCGAAUCUAUAAAGUAGCCUUAAGAACAUUAAAAUGGAAAACAAACACGAAGCGCAGCAUUUGUGCAUACCCAACAUUUGAAAGUGCCUUGUAUCAGGGGACACCCCUGAGAAUUACCCGUGGGGCAGAGCCAGAGUAACUGACCUGUGCCCAGUUACGGGAGGCUCUUGACCUUCUCAGUUUAAAACCUUGGUUUUGGGGUGGGGGUAGGGAAGGGAGAGGGGAAGACGGACGCACCAGUCCCCCCCCCCCCGCGUCCUGGUGAGAAGGCAGGGAGAAGCUGUACCCAUUUUACAAAGGGUGUAACCGAGGCACAGCCAAAGUUUCAAACGUCUGCCAAGCACAUGCAGGUGGGAAAUGGGUGGCUUGGGUAUGUUUAGGCUCAAACUGUCCUGGAGCAGAGGGCUCAGGACUGUGCUGGCUUGUCUGGAGUUUGGGAGGGUGAAAGGCAGGUGGCCAGGGGCAAGACAGCAUGGCUACCUUACCCCCUCAGCGCCCGCCAGGAGCUCGGUUUGUACAGUCUGCUCUGCUUCGUAGCAGCACUGGAGGCCCUGGGAUUCAGGUUGCUCAUUGGAAAGUUGAGGAUACCCACAGGGUCUUGACCAGACAAAGAGGAGCCACCCGCGAGUCGGCUUUCGUGCAUGCCAUCGCUUCAGCCGGCGUGGCCUUCGCUGUCACGCGCUCCUGCGCCGAGGGCACCUCCACCAUCUGCGGCUGCGAUUCUCAUCAUAAGGGGCCACCUGGUGAAGGCUGGAAGUGGGGCGGCUGCAGCGAAGACGCCGAUUUCGGGGUGCUAGUGUCCCGGGAGUUCGCAGACGCGCGUGAGAACAGGCCAGAUGCGCGCUCGGCAAUGAACAAACACAACAACGAGGCAGGCCGCACGACCAUCCUGGACCACAUGCACCUCAAGUGCAAGUGCCAUGGGCUGUCGGGCAGCUGCGAGGUGAAGACCUGCUGGUGGGCCCAGCCUGACUUCCGUGCCAUCGGGGAUUUCCUCAAGGACAAGUAUGACAGCGCCUCAGAGAUGGUGGUGGAGAAGCACCGGGAGUCCCGAGGCUGGGUGGAGACUCUCCGGGCCAAGUAUGCGCUUUUCAAGCCACCUACCGAGAGGGACCUGGUCUACUAUGAGAACUCCCCCAACUUUUGUGAACCCAACCCAGAGACGGGCUCCUUUGGCACCAGGGACCGGACUUGCAAUGUCACCUCCCAUGGCAUUGAUGGUUGUGAUCUGCUUUGCUGUGGCCGAGGCCAUAACACGAGGACGGAGAAGCGGAAGGAGAAGUGCCACUGCAUUUUCCACUGGUGCUGCUACGUCAGCUGCCAGGAGUGCAUCCGCAUCUACGAUGUGCAUACCUGCAAGUAGAGAGCCAGGACACUGGGAAGGGGUAAAGUGUGCGGCUGGGCGGAUUCACCGAAGUCCCACGGGAAGCAGGACCUAGAGCCGGCCAACCCUUGGCAUGCGCCAGCAAGGAGCAUGGACUGUUGCCAACUGCACGUGGGAAGUGACCUGGACCCCGCCAGUCUGCCGAUGGGAGGCGCUCCCCCCUCUCCCAUCUUCACAUUUCUCACCCUGCUCUGGACGGUGUGUGGUUUUUACAGAGGGGCUUUCUUUUUAGUUCUCCAGGGUCUGGUAGGAACAGACCCGAGGCUUACCUUUGCACAUGUUAAAGAAAAUAAAAAUGAAAAAAAAAAAUCUACUCCAACAGAACAGGCUGGGCUAAUGCGAGCUCUCGGCCUGGUGGGAA